AUGAGGGUUCUUCUGGUACUUGUUGUGGCUUUAUUUACUGGCUGCCAUGCCAACCUAUUUUAUGCUGAUGAGCCCAAGCCACAGCUGGAACAGGUAACUGAUGCAUUCUGGGAUUAUGUCGGCCAGGCUACCCGUACAGCUGAGGACGGCCUUAAGACGAUAAGGGAAUCUCAGCUGGGACAGGAAGUCAAUGCCAGGAUCACAGAAGGUGCGGGCAUGGCCAACCGAUAUGCUGUGACUGUCCAGAAUCACCUGUCACCUUUGGCCCAGGACUUCAUGACAACAGUCACUAAAGAGGCUGAUCGCAUGAGGGAGCGUCUGAAGCAGGAACUGAUCAGCAUGAGAGAUAAACUGCAGCCCUAUUCUGAAGAUCUGAAGGCUCAACUCCAGCAGAUAGUGGAGGAACUCAGGACUGCUGUGGCCCCAUAUUCUGAGUCCCUGGACUCAGAAAAACUGAAAGCCACCGUGCUCCAGAAGAGCAAGGAACUGAGGGGAAGCUUGGAGAAGGGUGUGGAAGAUCUGCAGUCCCAGCUCAGUCCAUACACAGAGGAGUUCAAGCACACAGUGGACCAGCACCUGAAGGACAUCCAACAUAGUGUAGCUCCCCUGGCUGAGGACCUCCAGAUGGUACAGCAGAGCCUGGCACCCUAUGCUGAGGAUCUGAAGGAAAAGUUGGAUCCAUAUGCAGAGGACUUGAGAGCCAGACUCAUCUCCCUCUAUGAGUCCUUCACUGAGACCAUUUAA